ACUCUGAGGAUUCUUCCCGGUUCGUUGGUCAAGUCCAGCAUCAUGACUGUGAAGGACAAGCAAGCGAAAAUCCUUCCACUUUUCAAGAAAUUAACGGCUUUGUCUCCCGAGCCUCUGCCUGAAGCUGAGAGGGAUGCGAGACUUUUGAAAGUCGGAGUGUUGCCAAGGGGAAGACUAUUUUCUUGCUUUCACGAAGAUCAUUUAGCUGAGGCUCAAGCACUCUACGAAACUUUGUACGAGGCUAAGGACUUUGAUGAUUUCAUCAAUCUUGCCAAGCAGGCUCGUGACAUCGUCAAUGAAGGUUUGUUUGCUUUUGCUUUGUCCGUAGUAGUCUUGCAUAGAGAUGACUGCCAUGGGGUCAUUUUGCCACCAAUCCAGGAAGUUUUCCCAGACAGGUUCAUUCCUGCUGAAACCAUCAAUAGGGCCUUGAAAGUUGACAAACAAUCCAGCAAUGAAUCAAAGGUGAUUGCUAUUCAAAAGACUGGAAACAUCCUAGAUCCUGAAUACAACUUGGCCUACUUCCGUGAAGAUGUUGGAAUUAAUGCCCAUCACUGGCACUGGCAUCUUGUUUAUCCCGCCACAUACAGACCAGAUUUCUUCGGAAAGGUUAAGGACAGAAAGGGAGAACUUUUUUACUACAUGCACCAGCAAAUGUGUGCCAGGUAUGAUUGCGAACGAUUGUCUGUCGGACUUCAACGUAUGAUUCCCUUCCAAAACUUCGAAGAAAAACUAGAAGGUUACUCGGCCCACUUGAAAUCUCUAGUGAGCGGCUUGAACUACGCCUCUCGUCCAGCAGGAAUGGCCCUCAGAGAUAUCCGUGAAGUUGAUGUGCAAGACAUGGAACGAUGGAGGGAAAGGAUUCUCAGUGCCAUCCACACUGGCCAGGUUAUCGAUAGCAACGGACAUGAAGUGCCCUUGGACCAGGAAAGAGGUCUUGACAUUUUGGGAGCCCUCAUUGAAUCCAGCUACGAAUCUUUGAACAAGGGAUAUUACGGAACCCUUCACAACUGGGGACACGUCAUGGUUGCCAAAAUUCACGAUCAUGAUGGCAGGUUCAAGGAAAAUCCAGGAGUCAUGGAUGAUACCUCAACUGCUCUCAGAGAUCCUAUCUUCUACAGAUACCACAGGUGGAUGGAUAACAUUUUCCAGGAAUACAAGAGCCGCCUGCCUAACUACACUGCAAAAGAACUCACUUUCCCAGACGUAAGAAUCACAAGUGUGACAAUCAACGCCAAAGUACCAAACCUUGUACAUACCUACACCAAAGACGCCACUUUAGAACUGUCUCAUGGAAUUAACCUUAAGAACAGAAUCCAGGUUAAAUAUCAACAUCUGGAUCAUGAACCAUUCAGCUAUUCCAUCAAUGCUCUUAAUUCUACUGGUGCUGCAAAGAAAACUACUGUUCGUAUUUUCCUUGCCCCUAAAUAUGAUGAACUUGGAAACAGAUUGGUCUUAGAAGACCAGAGGAGGCUCUAUAUUGAGCUAGACAAGUUCGUGACAACUUUGGAACCAGGUAAAAACACUAUCCAAAGACGAUCUUUGGAUUCAUCUGUGACAUUGUCCGCAAUUCCAACUUUCGAUGAGUUGGAAAAAGGAGAUGUUCUCGCCGGAAAAGCCACUGAAUAUUGCAGCUGCGGAUGGCCAGAACACAUGCUUGUCCCCAAGGGUACCCCUCGUGGCAUGGUCUUCCACUUGUUCGUUAUGCUUACUGAUUAUGAGCAAGAUAAGGUUGAUGGUGGUGCAACCGUUGUUUGUUCUGAUGCCGUCAGCUACUGUGGUGCUAAGGAUCAGAAAUAUCCAGAUAAGCGAGCUAUGGGUUACCCCUUCGACCGUCAUAUCAAGGCAAGAACUGCAACACAAUUCAAGACACCAAAUAUGUCAUUCACAGAAAUCAGGGUUCAAUACGGAGGAUACAAACCAUAAGACGUUCGACCAUUUAUUUCCCCUAAUUAAGAGUAUGAACUGACUGGCAACAAAUUCAAGUGAAAAUAAUCAUACAAAGAAUGAAAUAAAAUUUCUCCUUUUGGCACGUGUA